AUUUUUUCAAGACACACAUAAUUAGCCCUAUGAAAAAACAGUUUAUUUUUUUGUCCUAUUUAUACAAAGUGAGUGACUUUUAAUCUUAUUUUGAUAAUUAACCCUAUAUAAAUACAUAUGCGCUCAAUAUAGUUUUGCAUCCCAUAUCUCUCAAGUAGUACGGAGUAUUAUUCCACAUUUCCACCUCUUCUAACUAGUUCGCCGGCAAGAAACCAAUCGCCAUGUCGGAGGAGAAGCACCACCGCCACCACUUUGGCCACCGCAAAGACGAUGAAGAGGAAAACAGACAGCCUUCCUAUCCAGACAGCACGACAGGCUUCGGCGGUGAUAUAAGCAAUAACGACACUUAUGGCGCUUAUGAGAAGCCCUACGACCAAGUAACUGCCACCGGCUAUGGAAGGGAUGAAUCUUGCAAUUAUGAGAAGCAAACCACCGCUGGGUAUGAGUAUGGUCAAGAGUCGUACGGCAUCGGUCAAGAAGCUGCUGACUAUGAGGACAACAAGCCUGCCGGGAGAAGCCAUGAGGAUCUCGAGAAGGAGAAAAAACAUCACAAGCAUCUCCAGCAGAUUGGUGAGCUUGGCACCGCCGCCGCCGGUGCCUAUGCCUUGUAUGAGAAGCACGAGGCAAAGAAAGAUCCUGAGCACGCACACCGACACAAGAUAGAAGAGGAGGUCGCUGCGGCGGCCGCAGUCGGCUCCGGUGGGUUUGCGUUCCAUGAGCAUCACGAGAAGAAGGAAGCUAAGGAAGAUGAAGAAGCGGCUGAGGGACACAAGAAGAAGUACCACUUCUUUUAAUUAUUUCAUUUAAUUACGACACGUAUUUGUACUUACGUAAUUUAUGUUAAUUUCGAUCGUGUCUGCCAGCUGCAUCUUGUGUAUUUUAUGUACCACGUCACUGCCUAUAUAUUUAUACAGUCCGUACGUACGUGUGUGAAUAAUGGCCCUCCCUUUAAUUUGGGCUUGUGUGUACUUUGAUGUAAAGAACGUUUAAACGUUGUUUUAUCCAAUAAAUAAAAUAAUUCUCUUCGUCCCAA